AUACAGAUCAAAAACGUUGCCAGGCUGUAUCAAACAUGUCUAUAAAUUUGUCAUACAUAUAAUUACGGUGUGUAUAAAAAAAAUAAAAUUUUGGUUGAAUAAAAAGAUUAUAAACUUUAUUAUAUUAGUCUCCACAAUAAGAAGAAUAUUCCGAGGAUAUCUCAAGGGUUGAUUUACAUACGUUGUUGCGCGACACACUUACGUGAUACAUAAUAUGAAAUUGUUUUAAUACAAUAAUUAGUGAAUCAAACAAUUAUAACAACAUUUUAACUAUAUACGUGUUAACGUAUUUUCUUCGCAUUCAAGACAUUUUGAAAUAUAUAAAUAUACGAAUUUAUGGUAAUAUCAUUUUUUCUCAUAUAUAUUAUAUGAACAAACAAACUAUAUGCAAAUAAAUAAUCAAUAAUGAAAAAGCCUUGAAUUCAUUAAGGGAUUACACGCAAUUUUAACUUGACACAACAAAGAAUCAUAUAAAAGUAUAAAACUUCAUUGGACAUUUAAUGACCAAAAAAAUAUAAAUUGUUUUUUUAUACAGUCAACAAAAUGAUUCUCAUCAACGUGGGAUUGUUACUUUUCAUAGUGACAUCAAGUAAAUUAAUAUCUUGUACAGAAUUAGAUUCAAAAAAUUUAAAAUAUAAACUAGCAAGUAAAUUUGGACUCAUUGAUGUUUCAACAAAAAGUGAAGUAAUCAAGAAUAAAGAUUUAUUACAAGCUUGUCUUGAUGAUUUUGUGACCUCUCACUUGAAGAAACAGCCAAAAAUCAUUACAGUUAUUCUGAAUAAACACGUUAAAAUGUCAAAUAUUUACUUGGAAGAAAUACAAAAAAGUUACCCAACAUUUGUAUUUACUGAAGACUACAACGGUCAAAAUAAUAUGAAAAAAACAAGAAUGAAUAUUUUUAUUUUAUUGAGAAACCAUAAUGAUCUUGGUGAUUUUCAAAUAAAAAUUCAUCAAAUUAGUAGUCGUGGAUCGACAUAUACAGUAUUCUUAGUUGAUCAUUUUAAAAAUAAAAAAUUAUUCAUCGAAGAAUCAAAUUUAUUGACUAAAUUAUUAUGGAUUAAAAAAAUAGCAAAUAUUGUUAUAAUUGGUUUUGUUGAAAAUUAUUAUCUAGCAAUGAAUAGUAAUAAAUUUAAACCAAAUAUACUCAGAGAACCAAUGGACCCAGUGAUUGUUGGCCAAUGUCAAAAUGGAAAAUGGAUAAUAAAUAUUACGUUAUUUGAACCAAUGAAAAUGAAUAAUUGUUCUGUAAAUGUUGGCUAUUUGAAUUAUGCACCGUACAUGUAUGCUGUUAAACAAAAAAAUAAUAAUAAGCUUGAAUAUAAAGGUAUUGAUUUAUCGAUAUUACGAGUUGUCGCAAAUCAUCUAAAUUUUACAAUUAAUUUAUCGGAAAUCGUAAGAACUGAAAAUGAUACAAAAACACAAAUAAUUGCUAAUUCAUUUGACAACAACAGAUCCUAUGAUAUUGUUAUUGGUGGUAUCAUUUGGCAAUCAACGAUUGAUAUUGAUUACACAAUUCCUCAUGAUGCUGCACAACUUGUUUGGCUUGUACCAGUUCUAUAUAAAAAAAUAUCACCUUUACCAUUUCCUACCACAGCAAAAAAAUUGAUUUUAAUAAUUGUUGUUAUAUUAUUUCCAAUAAUUGUCAAGUUUAUAUUAUUCCAUGAAAUUUCAUUUUUUGAAAUGUUUGCUGUUUUUCUUGGCAUACCGUACAAUAGAAGACCACUCAGAUUUUCAUUCAUAAUAUUUCUCAUGUUUUGGUUUUUACUUGGUUUCAUGUUAGCACAAUUAUCUUCAUCAUCAUUACUAACAAGGAUAAAAGAUGAAUCUACUGCUACAAAUUAUACAAUAAAAAAAUUAAUAAAAUCAGGAAUAGCGAUCGGUGGUUUAAAGGAUACAAAAAGUUUAUUCAUUGGAAAUGAAACAUUUGAAAAUUAUAAAGAAUUUGAACGUAUUGAGUAUGAAAAACAACUUCAAGAUUUAAUGAAUGGUAAAAAUAAAAAAAUGACAUUAUUAAUGGUAAUGGAUCCUUCAACAGUAAAUACGAAAUUUGAUCCCUAUCAUGUAUAUGUACUACCAGAGGCUUCAAUUCAGCUUCAAUUUAGUUUUGCAGUAUGGCAUGGUUUACCAUAUGUCAAUGAACUCGAUAUUAUUUUACAAAGACUUAUAAGAAGUGGUAUUAUUACACAUUUUCGUCAUAUUGAAACAAAAAGUCGCGAUAUUGAAUUCAACCCAAUUGCCUUCAAGCGACUUAAUUAUUCUCACUGUUAUUUAUUACUUGGUAUUGGUCUUGCAAUUAGUUUGAUAACUUUAAUUUUUGAAAUUAUAAAUUUUCGAUUUAAAUUAAUUGAUCGCAUUUAUAGUGUUUAUCUUAAACUUGCUCACCGAGUUUGAUUUGUGUUUAAGCAAUAAUAAUAAUAAUAAGUUUAAAAAUUGUAUCAGAAGUUAUUGUGUGUGAUAUAAAUAUUGUUGACCUUAAACAAUGCAACUUGAUUAUUUUCUAGUGUACUGAUAAACAUCAUAAACGUAUACUAGUGAAUUAAACUGCUCAACUAAAUACAUAGUGGCAUUGGCUUGGUCAAGCAUAAUUUUUUCAAUUACUUAUUAUUAAAUAAAUAAAUAAAUUUGUUCAAUUACACUAGCAAUUAAUUUUUUUUCAUAAUUUGACUCACAAUACUAAUAAGAAAAAAAAAAAAA